AAUAAAGACUUGAAUGGAGGUUCUGCAGUCACCUUGAAAUUGGACCCUUUCACCUAACUAUAACAUCUCUUCUUCCCCAGAUCCUCAAUAUAUUGUCCUCUCAAUUCUCUCUUCUCAUCACCAAUUGUCUAACAAAACUGAAAAGUUAGGCCACAUUCACUGCCUACAGCAAUGAGAAAGCAACUUUUCUCAGCAUUCUUCUUCCUCUUCUGCUCAAUUUCUUCUGCUCAAACUCCAACCCCAGCUCCAUCUGGUCCAACCAAUAUUACUGCAGUUCUUGAAAAGGCUGGCCAGUUCACAACUUUUAUUAAGCUGAUGAAAGCCACCCAGGAAGCUGACCAAAUCAAUACGCAGCUCAACAAUUCAAAUCAAGGCCUGACAGUAUUUGCACCACCUGAUAAUGCAUUUACUAAUCUGAAAGCAGGCACACUGAACUCACUCACAGAUCAGGAAAAAGUUCAGUUGGUGCAAUUUCAUAUUCUUCCAACUUUCAUUCCCAUGUCGCAGUUUCAAACUGUGAGCAAUCCUUUGCGUACGCAAGCUGGUAAUAGCGCCAAUGGCGAGUUUCCAUUGAAUGUGACAACGUCAGGAAAUCAAGUGAAUGUAACUACAGGUGUUAACACUGCAAGUGUUGCUAACACUAUAUACACUGAUGGGCAGCUAGCCGUUUAUCAGGUUGAUCAGGUACUUCUUCCGUUGGACCUUUUUGGUGCGCCUGCAGCGCCGGCUCCUGCACCGUCGAAGCCUGAGAAGGUCAUUCCUGCAAAAGCUCCUGCAACAACUUCUGAUGAUACCCCUGCUGAUGCUUCAGCUGCAACGGCCACUGCAGUAUCCUUUGGUGUUGCACUUAUUGCUGCAAUGUCUAUAAAGCUAUGAAAUUCUAUUUUUGAACAGUGAUGCAUUGCCAUCAUGAAGUGAACUGAGUUGAAUCAUUCUUUUUAAGUAGUCUCCUUUUUUUUUUUCGUAUCUUUCUGUACCAAAUGUACCACCUCCUCUCAGAUUUGAAUUUGUGAUUUUAUUUGAUUUUUGUUGGGAUAUCUUAUAUAUUCUAUAGGUUUUAUUUUUGUGGUUCACCCCAUUGUGUACUCUAAAAGAUAAAAAUAAAGUCCCUUUUUAUUAUA